UCUCUAGCUGCAACGCUUUGCAAAAUACCAUUCGACCUUUUCUUCAUUUGCUUUGUGGUACCGCACGGGCAACGAGUAAUCUGCCGGCUGCUCCUUCCCAACGUUACAUAUUCUCGCCUUCACCGCGGGUCACUCUUUCCCUUCCAGACUUCUUUUUUCGGUUGUUGUGCCCCGCUUCCUUCACUACCCGACGCUAUAUUCCUACGCCAGCAAGACGUGGCAGAAUGAAACCGCAUGAGGGCAAGAUGAACCUGCAAGACGCAACUUCUAUUCGAAACCAGCAGGAAUCACGGCUCCUCUGUCUGCCUGCUGAGAUUCGCCUCAAGAUCUACGGAUAUGCACUCGGUGGGCUCGAAAUCGGCAUCAUGUCAGGCAGGUGCUGGGGAAAGCAGUUUGUCAUCGUCGCCAGGCCGGCAAAUGCCUCGCGGUGGGAGAUGACGGAACAUCUCCUGGCUUUGACAGCAAGUUGCCGCCAGAUCCACGCCGAGACGAAACUUCUGCCCUAUUCUAUGAACGAAUUCGUGGGAUCUCGCAAUUACCUCAAGCCGCUCAUUACCGGUGGUCUUUUCGACAGCGCGCUGGUGCUUGUGGUCCCCAAAAUACGGGUUCUCAUAGGCUGUUGUGACGUCGAGGAGCACAGCGGCGCUCCUCGACUCGAGCGGCCCCUUGCUGAUAUGUUACUGGUUUUCCGCGGACUACCUGGGCUCAAACGUGUCACAUUGGACUGGGAUGGGCAAUUAUGGGGCAACGACUGGGAGUACUUACGAGGAUGUUUGCUCAAGGAGAUGAAGCGGGCCUUUGACCUGGAGCCGAGGCUGGAUCACAUCGAGGUCGAGGCAGUAAAUCUCCGGCACUGCAGAGUAGAAGAGUGCUAGCGACUAUUGCUACGGGUUAUGAGCUUCUUAGUGAACAUGCCUGCGCAGGGUCGUUGGCGAGGUGAGAAACGGGCAGCAGG